AUGGCUAAUAUUUCAGUUUCUUCAAUCUCCAAUAAUACUACUACUGAUGCAUUUAUACCUAAAAAGGUAGGUCCUAUUUGUGAUAAAGUGUUUGGUCUAAAGCAUAAUUUGACUCGUCACCUAAAGAUCCAUUCGGAAGAGAAAACCUUUCAUUGUGCAGAAUGUGAAACGUCAUUCGUUCGACAUAGCGAUUUAACUAGGCAUAUGAAAAUUCAUGAUGAAAAAACACCUUUCCAAUGCAGUAUGUGUUCCAAGAGAUUCACUCGCAUUGAUAACUUAAGAAUUCAUGAAACGAUUCAUCUUCGAAAUUUUACUUGUGCGAUAUGUUUACAAGUUUUCCCGAAAACGGGUGACUUGAAUAGACACCUGAAAUCUCAUGAAAGGAGCUACAAAUGUAGUAAAUGUCCUAGGAAAUUUAGUGAACUCUAUCAUUUGGAACGUCAUGAAGCUUCCCAUCUUAAAAGAUGUACUGAAUGUUCGGAAACUUUUACAAGUCAGAGGGAUUUUAGGAGACAUAUGAAAAUUCAUAAAGUUACUUUUAAAUGUAAAUUCUGCUCAAAGGUAUUUGGUGAACUUGAUCAUUUGGAACGACAUGAAGCUUCCCAUCUUAAAAAUUGUAUUGAAUGUUCGGAAAUUUUUACAAGCCAAAGAGAUUUAAGAAGACAUAUGAAAAAACACGAAGUUGUUUUUAAAUGCAGUAGUUGCUCAAAGAGUUUCACCAGUAAUGAUGCUUUGAGACAGCAUGAAGCUUCUCAUGUUAGAAAUUGUACUAAAUGUUCACGAGCUUUUAAAAGAAAAAGCGAUCUUUUACAUCAUAUUCGAGUGGAGCAUGGUCUAACACGAACUAUAGAAAAACGAAGAAAUGCUGAUCCUGUCAGUGUACGUUCGGGUGCUAAAAUCACAAGUCUCAAGGAUAUGUUCGCUACUGAGUCGAUUUUCUCUAAUACAGGGAAUAAUUAA